GUCACCGGCUAACAAGGAAGUGGAUCAAUUGCCGCCCUCUUUAGUUACUGGUUUUGGUUUCACUGCUUGUUUGAUUUUAUGAGCAGUAAUGAGGCGGACAAGAAGUUCUAAAAGCAGAACUGUGCAACAGAAUGAAGAAGUUCAGUCUCAAAAAGUGUGGCAGUGGCAGGGAGAUGAAGGUCGAUGGGAACAGUACUCUUCGUCGGACUGCGCCUUGUUGGACUCUGCCGUCGCCGCAGGGAAAACCACUGUCUCUCUGACUUUGGGCUCCGGGAUGGUAUACAAAGUGAACCUAAAGCAGAUGGUCCAAGUCAAUCCUGUCAGCAAGUACAAGAGGAACAUUCGCUUUCAGACGGUAAAAGCAGAAGGUUCUGAUGACAACGGUGACACAAGCACUCCUAAUGAUGGUCCAGUUGAAGUGAAACAGGACGAGGAGCAGAGCGAGGAGCAGCUGGCUGAGAGAGGCAAGAGGAAACGAGGCCAGAGCAAGAGCGAAGGGAAAUCUGACAAACGACUCAAAGAAGAAAUGCAGAGCGAAGAAAUUGUGAAGACGGUGGUCAUGAAGGGAAAAGCUCCGGUGGAUUCAGAAUGCAAAGCCAAGCUUGGGAAGGCUCAUGUUUACAGUGAAGGAGGGGACGUUUACGACGUCAUGAUGAACCAGACCAACCUUCAGUUCAACAACAACAAAUAUUACCUGAUCCAGCUGCUGGAGGACGACUCUUCCAAGAGCUUCAGCGUGUGGAUGAGGUGGGGCAGAGUGGGCAAAGUGGGUCAAAACAGCCUGACGGCGUGCGGUGGAGAUCUGCUGAAGGCCAAAGAUAUCUUCAAGAAGAAGUUCUUUGACAAAACCAAGAACGAGUGGGAGCACAGAGCAAGCUUUGAGAAGGUGGCUGGCAAAUAUGACAUGGUCUACAUGGACUACAGUACAAGUUCAAAGGAUGAGAACGAGGCCCAGCCCAUUGCCAAACCGCCAAAGAAGACUUCCAAGCUGGACGUGAAGGUCCAGUCUCUCCUUGAGCUCAUCUGUGACCUCAAAGCCAUGGAGGAGGUCGUUCUGGAAAUGAAGUUUGACACUCGCAAAGCUCCCCUUGGCAAGCUGACCUUAGAGCAGAUCAGCGCAGGCUACACGGCACUAAAGAGAAUAGAGGCGUGCUUGAAGCGUAAAGAUGGUGGCCGCGAGCUGGUGGAAGCCUGCAACCAGUUCUACACCCGCAUCCCACAUGACUUUGGACUGAAAACUCCGCCCCUCAUUCGGACGGAAGACGAGCUGAAGCAUAAAAUUGAGCUGUUGGAGGCCUUGAGGGACAUUCAGAUUGCAGUCAAAAUGGUUCAGAGCAGUGAAAACUGCGACGAACAUCCUCUGGAUCGACAGUACCACUCCCUCAACUGCCAAUUGUACCCUCUGGACCCCCUCAGCCAAGAAUACAAGGUGAUCGAAAAAUACCUGCAGUCCACUCACGCCUCCACCCACUGUGACUACACCAUGAGCGUGCUGGACAUCUUCACAGUGGACAGAGACAGCGAGAGGGAUCACUUUCUGUCACAAAUACACAACAGGAUGUUGCUCUGGCACGGGUCUCGCCUCUCUAACUGGGUCGGCAUCCUCAGCCAGGGGCUCCGAGUGGCACCGCCUGAAGCUCCCGUCACGGGUUACAUGUUCGGUAAAGGCAUCUACUUUGCCGACAUGUCAUCAAAGAGCGCCAACUACUGUUUUGCCAGAAACCACAACCAAGUUGGGCUGCUACUGCUCUGCGAGGUUGCCUUGGGAGACUGUAACGAGCUUCUGGACUCCAACUACAAUGCUAACAACCUGCCGGCUGGAAAACACAGCACCAAGGGUGUUGGACAGACCGGUCCCGACCCCAAAAACUCUGUCACUCUGAAUGGAGUGACGGUGCCGAUGGGUCCGGGCGUGAAGACUGCGGCGGUGGCGGGCAGGGGGAGUGGUUACUCGCUCCUCUACAACGAGUUCAUCGUCUACAACCCAGCCCAAACGCGCAUGCGCUACCUGCUCCGCAUCAAGUUCAACUACUCAUCACUGUGGUGACGGAUGACUCAGCUAAUAAUGCCGCUUAUACAAAUUGAGCUUUUUUAUUAAAACAGCAUGAGGUCAUUCCAAACAUCACGUCGGUUAUUUGACGUGUCUUACUGCUCAAUAUUGUUCAAGAAUGUUGAUUUGAAAACAGUUUAAGGCCAUGUCCACACAAUCCCAGCUAUUCUUACAAAGAUAUGUUAAGGUACUGUAUAUAAUGUCUUUUAGGUUAGUGAACAUGGACUUAUUUGGAAAACUGCGUGUUGCUUUUUUCCUCCCAAAUCUUCAGGCUUCUGAUUGCCUAAAAUGGCGACACCUGUUUGGCAGCCACUAGUUUUUCAUAACACCAGUGUAAGUGUGGACAUAGCCUUAAUUCAUUGUGUAAUGCAAUGGGAUUUCAGAAACAGACUGUAAAAAGAGCAUUGCUAAUCAUCCAUUUUUAAACAAAGAAAAAUAAAGGGCUCUGUGGGUCAAGAUGGGAGAUUUGA